AUACGGCGUCGUCACGUAAAACGUUUGACUUUUCUCAGCGCCUCGUGAGGAUGACCCACAUUGAUUUGAUUUGAAUGCUGUCAAUGCAGGAAGAAAACGUUAGACACGUUCAUUUUAAUGUCAGGGAUAUACAAAACAAACCAAUUUGCAAAACUGAUAAGAGAAGUACAAGAGCAAGAUUCACAGAUUCACAGGAUAAAGCCACAUUUGCAACUCAAGUCACAGGAUUUUGACUGAAUAGCGCCCUCCUGUGGCGCUUUGUAAGCAUUACACGUGCAGUUCUGCACUUCACCGCCAUACUUGAAUUCCCUUAAGUGACGUCAUUAAUCCGCAACACGUUUGUUGACUCGUGAACCAGGAAGAGCUGCCGGUCAUACAUUCUUACAAAUCUGUAUUAUGCUUUCAUUUGCACUGACGAUCGUUCGGCAUGUGUGGAUGAAAGUUUUUCUUCUCCAUUGUGAAGGUCAGGGCAUCGACACACCGCUGUCAGACACGGGACAUCAGCAGGCAGCGGCCGCCGGACAGUACCUCAGAGAUCUGCAUUUCACCAAUGUCUUCGUCAGUAACCUGCAAAGAGCCGUCCAGACAGCUGAAAUCAUUUUAGGAAACAGCCUUCAUUCUUCUGCGACUGAGAUGAUAUUGGAUCCUUUACUCCGAGAGAGGGGUUUUGGGGUGGCAGAGGGAAGACCGAAGGAACAUCUUAAGAACAUGGCGAACGCAGCGGGACAGGCCUGCCGAGAUUAUACACCGCCCGGCGGAGAGACGCUGGAACAGGUAAAGUCGCGCUUUAAGAAGUUCCUCAGAUCCUUGUAUCAGCGCAUGUUAGAGGAGCACGGCUCAGCCGACCAGCGUUCAGCGUUCACCUCUGGACCAUCAGAACCAGAACAGCCUGUGAUUGCUGGACUAGCUGAUGAUGGAGUCCAGAACGUACCCGUCCACGCUCUGAUCGUCAGUCACGGGGCGUUUAUCCGCGUGUCUGUGCGCCACCUAGUGGAGGACCUGCAGUGCUGUUUGCCGGCAGGCCUGAAGAUGAACCAGAUUUUUUCCCCGUGCCCAAACACCGGCAUCAGCAGGUUCAUCAUCACCCUCCGCAGAGAGGAGAGCGGCCCGCGGGCCUCCUGCAUCCAGUGUGUCUUCAUCAACCGGAAAGACCACCUGGAUGACGUCAAAAACUCUUGAUUGACAGUGUUAUGAGGUGUAUCUGAGACUGGUUGGUUUAUGGCCAGUGUUUGUAUUUAUUGCUCCUCAACAACUAAAGCACAUGCAAGUCUGUGUGGUUGAUUUUGUGUAAAUUAUUUAACCGUUAUGCUUUUGAAAGACAUAUGACUGCAUUAAAGGGAUAGUUCACUCAAAAAAAAAUGACAAUUCUGUCAUUGUUUACUAACCCUCAUGUUGUUACAAACUUGUAUGAGUUUUUUUUUUUCUGUUGAGCAUAAAAGAAGAUAUUUAGAAGAAAUUAAAUGGUAGCCAUUGACUUCCAUAUUAUGGAAAAAAAAAAAAUACUGUGGAAGUCGAUGGCUGCCAGAAAGAAACUCACACAUGUUUGGAACAACUUGAGAAUGAGUAAAUGAUGUCUGAUUUUUCCCUUUUAAGUACACUGCAAUAUAAUUUUUUUUUGUCCCAUUUCCCUUUUAAAAACAUUCUUAAAUCAAGAUGCAUUUACUUAACAAGGAAAAUGAAUCAAGGCAUGAAGUCUUGUUUUCUUGUCUUUUGAUACUCAAAUGGAUCAAAAUUAAGUGAGUUUGAUUAAAGCAAGAAAAAAUAUCUGUCAGUGGGUAAGAAUUUUCUUUUUUUUGUUUUUCUCUAUAUUUACUGGUUUUAAUCAUAAGCUCACUUAAUGUUGAUCCGUUUGAGAAGCAAAAUGAUUUAAGAUAUUAAGUCUUGUUUUUCUGAAAAAUUGAUUAAAUUAAAUUAGAAAAAUAUUUGUCAGUGGGGUAAGAAAAAUAAGAUUAUUUUUCUCAAUUUUUUCUUAUUUUAAUCAUAAACUCACUUAAUGUUGGUCAAUUUGAGAAGGACAAUGAUGUAAGAUAAUGAAAAUUGCUUAACAGUAUUUAACUGCAGUGAUGUUGAUCCUGUCAGCUGAUUGAAUGCAAACAAUCGCAAGACGUCUUUUUGAUGUCAUCCGUUAUAUAAGCACUUUAUACUCACACUACCGUGGUUUUGGCCUCUAAAACACUGAAGUAUUCAUGUGUACUGUACAUACAUAUUCAUGUGUAUUUAAUAAAGACAUUCAGAGAAACAUUAAGCCAAGAACAAUUUGGUUUUUAU